AUGAGCCCAUACCUACCCCUCCCGCUCCAUGAAGAGUGGAAGGAUAUCGAUACUUACAUCAAAGCACUCCUCUCCUUCGCAACAUCCACGCCUCUAUUCUUGAAUCUCUGCGGCGGUGUGCAUAUUCUCGAUUUCCUGACCAGCGAACCCGAUCUCUACACGACGUUAUUUGCAGAGGACUGGCGCCAAUUCUUUCACGAACACGACCUAUACGACAUUCUGGACUUGAUUCUAACGGACGAUCUAACACCAUUCCGAUCCCCCGAUGGCUCUGGUUGGAAGUUUUCUGAGCGUAGAGAAGAGAAAUGGAAAAAUGGACCGUUACCGCCUCCUUCAUUACUAGAUUAUAUUAACGACAUUCGCCGGCUCAGCCUGCGACGAGAUUUCACUCCGAAAUUUCCUCCGAAUACCACCAGCGCCAUCCCGCGCCGUCUCGCAGUCGGCAUGAAAGAUAAAAAGCUACACGAAGUAGAACACUUUUCCAAAUACGUCGAUUCAUUCGCUACCUCUGUGUCAGAGACAAGACAUGAACCGAUCACACAUAUAGCGGAUUUCGGGUCUGGGCAGAAUUAUCUGGGGAGAACGUUGGCGUAUUCGUAUAAUCGGCAUAUUAUCGCAAUUGAACGGAAACAUGCAUUUAUAAAGGGGGCGCAGGGGAUGGAUGUUACUGCGAAAAUGGCGAAGAAGAAGGUUGUGGGUUCGAAUGGUGUGGCUGAGGAAGUGUGUACUGCGUGUCUUCCGGAAGGUGAAGAGGUCCAAGAAGAGAAAGAAGGAAAUGAAGAAGAUGAUAGCACUGUUUUCAGUGUAUUCAAAGACCUCGAUAUCAGCGCAGAGGAUUUACCCACGUCUACGCCCAACACCACUCAAAAAGUGGAAGAAGUAGACACCCAACCACGAGGUACGAUGGAUUAUAUCGAGCACAACAUCAAAGACGGUUACCUUGAACCUAUAAUCCGACACGUCGUCAAUCCCGAGACUGAACAGGACACUACAAACCCAUCACCGAGGACAAAAGACGACGCUCGCGUCCUAGUAGUCUCACUCCAUUCCUGCGGCAACCUCCUCCACCACGGCAUCCGCUCUCUCAUCCUCAACCCUUCCGUCGUCGCAAUCGCCAUGAUAGGAUGCUGCUAUAACCUCCUGACUGAACGACUAGGACCGCCAACCUACAAACUCCCCGUCCUGCGCCAUAUGCAUCAACGCCUCAGCGUCGGAGCAACACAAAAGGAUCCCCAUGGAUUUCCCAUGUCAAACCUCUUCGAGAAUUACCCUUAUAGCGGUGGGAAGGGCAUAAAAUUCAACAUUACCGCACGAAUGAUGGCCUGUCAAGCACCGUUCAACUGGUCCCAGGAAGAAACCAAAGCGUUCUUCACACGACAUUAUUACCGGGCCUUGCUGCAAAAAUUCUUCGUCGACCAUGGUAUUGCUCCCAAACCGGAACUUGCCACAUUCGAUGUCUUGACACGAGAUCGCCCUACUACUUCUUCUUCAGACACAUCACCACCUCUCAUAAUCGGGACAUUACGCAAAACAGCAUAUAAAUCUUUCAUCAACUACGCACAAACGGCCAUUGCAAAACUCGCCAAAGAACCUGCUCACCGCUCUAAAUUGCUACCGCUGCUCGAGAACGAAGAAGCCACAAUUGCCGAACUGGAGAAGUACGUUAGCGAAUACGCGCAUACGAAGAAAAGUCUGAGUAUUGUUUGGAUUUUGAUGUCGUUUUCUGCGACAUUGGUUGAGGCUAUGAUUGUGAUUGAUCGGUGGCAGUAUCUAAGGGAGCAUAUGGCUUCGGGGAUUGUGCAGGAGUGUUGGGUUGAGCCGGUGUUUGAUUAUGCGGAGAGUCCGAGGAAUUUGGCUGUUAUUGGGAUUAAGAAUUGAGGAUAUAUCAUGUGUAUAGAUUUCUAGAUACCCAGCUGAGGCCAUGAGCUGUGCAAGCUAUACAUGUAGUUUCAUGUACAUAUGAAUGAAGUGCCUUCGAAGGGUGUGCAACGCCCUUCGGUCCUAGACGUUUCAGGAAAUGCUCGGCAAUGAUGAUCUGUGCCCUGCUUCCAGUCCAAAGUCAGCUCUUGUCGAUCCAUUUUGUCAAUAUCAUAUCGAAAGGAGAUUCAAUUUCAGCAUUGCGUUGAGAUACGUGUUUAACAU